AGCUCGGGAGACGGAGCGGGGUCCCAGGCGGACGCGCGCUCGGGGACUUUGGGCACUAAACCUGUGGAGGCCGCGGCGGGAGCGCUGCGCCUCCUCUCAUCCCGGCCCGGUGCGCGGGAAGCCCGGGUCCGGCGCGUCCUCACGGGCCAGCGGGCUUGGAGGCGGGUCCGGAGGGCAGCGGAGCGCCCAGGUAGGGCCCUCCUGGGCCUCGGCGGCCUCCUCUGAGGGGGCCGGAUCCGCCCUGAGGGGAGACCGGAGUUCGCCGGGAGCUCUCCUCCGCGGGUUCUUACUCUGGCCUCGGUGGACAGGCGGGCGGGCGUCUUCGGCCGUCCGCGAGCGCCCCGGCGCUCACUCUGUGCUGUUCCCGGUCAGAGGGAGCCGUCGUGCUGCUUCCAGCGGUGAGACUUGCGAGCGUGAGAAGCAUGGCGUCCCAGGAAGGCAAUUAUGGGAAGUGGACGAUAUCCAGUAGUGAUGAAAGUGAGGAGGAGAAGCCACAGCUGGACAAGCCAUCUGCCUCUCUCCUCCCCCACGCCAGGCAGGGGGCCACCGGGCAGCCGAAGUACACCUGCUCCGAGGCUCGGAAAGCCGCCCACAGGAGGAAGCUGGAGCCCGUGAAAUUCAGCACCACAGACUCAGUUUCCGAAGCUUCACCUUGCAAAAGACAGAAGAGUGGUUCCCAGGAGGACCUGGGCUGGUGUCUGUCCAGCAGUGAGGAUGAACUGCCUCGAGAGCUGCAGCAGGAGCAGGCGAAGGCCUCGAGGGUCAAAGAGGAGAAAGGCCCCCCUUCUCCCAGGGACCAUGCGGCCCGGGGAGCUGGGCCUCACAGCCCCCGCACCAGCCAUGGGCUCCCGGAGGAGGAAGAUGAGCAGGAAACCUCAGGGGAAGGCCAGGAUGUCUGGGACUUGCUGGAUGAAGGGAACCCCUUCCAGUUCUACCUCACGAGAGUCUCCGGGAUUAAGCCCAAGUAUAACGCAGGAGCCCUCCACAUCAAGGAUAUUUUAUCUCCUCUGUUUGGGACACUUGUUUCUUCAGCUCAGUUUAACUACUGCUUUGACGUGGACUGGCUUGUAAGACAGUAUCCACCAGAAUUCAGGAAGAAACCAGUCCUGCUUGUGCACGGCGACAAACGGGAAGCAAAGGCUCGCCUCGUUGCCGAGGCAAAGCCUUAUGGGAAUGUUGCCCUCUGCCAGGCAAAGUUGGAUAUUGCAUUUGGAACACACCACACGAAAAUGAUGCUGCUGCUAUAUGAGGAAGGCCUCCGGGUUGUCAUACACACCUCCAACCUCAUCCGCGAGGACUGGCACCAGAAGACGCAGGGAGUAUGGUUGAGCCCCUUGUACCCACGAAUCGUCCACGGGGCCCAUAGAUCCGGAGAAUCGGCCACACGCUUCAAAGCUGACCUCAUCAGCUACCUGGCAGCUUAUAACGCCGCCCCUCUCAAGGAGUGGAUAGACACCAUCCAGGAGCACGACCUCUCAGAAACAAAUGUUUACCUUAUUGCCUCAACCCCGGGACGCUUUCAAGGAAAUCAGAAAGAUAAUUGGGGACAUUUCAGGCUUAGGAAGCUUCUAAAAGAGCACGCCUCACCCAUACCUAAAGCAGAGUCUUGGCCAGUCAUAGGCCAGUUCUCCAGCAUUGGCUCCAUGGGGGCAGACGAAUCAAAAUGGUUGUGUUCUGAGUUUAAAGAGAGCUUGGUGACCCUGGGCAGGGAGAGCAGGACCCUCGGAAGUGCUGUUCCUCUCCAUCUGAUCUAUCCUUCAGUGGAAAAUGUGCGGACCAGCUUAGAAGGAUAUCCAGCUGGGGGCUCUCUUCCUUAUAGCAUCCAGACGGCGGAGAAACAGAAUUGGCUUCAUUCCUAUUUUCACAAGUGGUCAGCUGACACCUCAGGCCGCAGCAAUGCCAUGCCACAUAUUAAGACGUACAUGAGAGCCUCUCCAGACUUCAGUCAGAUCGCUUGGUUCCUUGUUACAAGCGCCAACCUGUCCAAGGCUGCCUGGGGCACGCUGGAGAAGAAUGGCGCCCAGCUGAUGAUCCGCUCCUAUGAGCUCGGUGUCCUCUUCCUGCCGUCAGCGUUUGGCCUGGACAGUUUCAAAGUGAAACAGAAAUUCUUCUCCGGGAGCAGCCAGGAGCCCGCAGCCUCCUUCCCUGUGCCGUACGACCUGCCUCCAGAACUGUACGGGGACAGAGAUCGACCAUGGAUUUGGAACAUCCCUUAUGUCAAAGCACCUGAUACACACGGGAACAUGUGGGUUCCCUCCUGAGAGCAGGAGAGCUCUGUGAAGCUGUCAUGUAAGGCCUGAGCCCCAAACACUGGAUGUCCUUGUUUGUAAUGGGUGUUCACUUCCCUUAAUGUUUUGUCUGCCCCCCUACAAAACUCUGCAAAGGUCAGUCUUUCAGACGUGAAUGUUGGUUAUCCUUUCAAUGGUCACUGUUGAUAUUCUCACUUGAAAAAAAAAUUUUAUAUUUUCUUAACUCCCUUUUCUAUGCCUUGGAAUAAAAGCUAUUAAACUUCCCCAUAUUAAAAGAAUAUAGAUA